AAGUAGAGCUACGAAAAUUCCCGAAGAAAUGACGCAUGCGCUUCCUCUCACACUCUGCCGCCAUCAUGCCUGCUACAGCAAAAAAGGGCCAGCAGAAAAACCCCAAGGGUGGUAAGAAGAAGAAGUCGAUAAUCAGGUAUUAUCUGGACUGCACGCACCCCGUAGAAGAUGGCAUUAUGGACAUCACAAACUUUGACAAGUACCUGCAGGAAAGGAUCAAAGUGAACGGCAAGACUGGCAACCUGGGCCAGAACAUCUCCAUGGAAAGGCAGAAAAAUAAAGUUGUUGUCACCAGUGAUAUCCCACUGUCUAAGAGGUACAUGAAGUAUCUCACCAAGAAGUACCUGAAGAAGAACAACCUCCGUGAUUGGUUGAGAGUUGUCGCCAGUAGCAAGGACACUUACGAGCUGCGCUACUUCCAGAUCAACAAUGAAGAGGAGGAAGAAGAGGAGGCGGAAGACGCAUAAAUUACAAUAUGGGGUCUAUGACAUGAACGCCAUCUGUUGAAGGUUGCCAAU